AUGUCGGAUACGCAGCACAAACGGCGGCGUGUAACCCGUGCGUGCGACGAAUGCCGCAAGAAAAAAGUGAAGUGUGACGGUCAACAGCCUUGUAUACACUGUACUGUUUAUUCAUAUGAAUGCACUUACAACCAACCGAGCAAACGGACGUCGUUUACGUCUUCGUCGAUGCAGCAGUCGCCUACGAGUGCUGUAGCGGAAGGACCAGCGACUCCAGUACUCUCGGGCCCUCCCAGACAACUGCGGCGGGCGAGUUCCAAUUUCACCCGAGCUUCAAGAAACUUGCAAUUGCAAUCAUUGUCCCAGUAUAAGAGCUUGUUUAGUCAAUUGUUCCCACAAAUGCCUCCAAUCGAGAAAGUGGACGUCUCUGCUUUUGUAAAAUCGCUGCAAUGCUCUUCUUCUUUCAAUGCGGCGGUGCAAGAGGCCAUGAAAGAGCGACACUAUGGUGCAAGAGACUUGAGUAGCGACGAAAGCCCGUCCGCCGUGUCCGGGUCCGGCACCGGUAUGACGUCUCCAGAGCUCUCAAACGAUGCCAUCGAAGGUAUUGAUGGCUCAAUACACUCCAUAGAAGGCCGUGAAAUAAAAAUUAUACUGCCUCCAAAGGCUGUGGCAUUGCAUUUCAUUCAUGUUACAUGGGAGCAAUGCUGUGUGCUCUUCCGGUUCUAUCACCGGCCAAGCUUUAUGGCCUGCCUCGAUGAACUUUAUGAAACUGACCCCCAUGAGUAUACGCAUGAACAAAUGCAUUUUUUACCGCUCUGCUAUAGCGUUAUGGCUGUUGGUGCGUUAUUCUCCAAGUCCAUGCCGAGAGCAGUGGGAGACGAAGAAAGCCCACCACUUGAAGUUGCCUCCCCACCAAACCAAUUCAUGCAAGAUGAGGGGUAUAAGUACUUUGUGGCAGCUCGUGCACUUAUCGACAUCACCAACGCGCGCGACCUCAACUCCAUACAAGCCAUCGUAAUGCUCUUUAUUUUUUUGCAAUGCUCUGCCAGACUUUCGACUUGCUAUACGUACAUUGGCGUCGCGAUGCGCAAUGCUCUCCGAGAGGGCAUGCAUCGAAAUUUGAACGCUGACACUCAUGGAUACAAUCCGAUUGAACUUGAGAUGCGUAAAAGGCUUUUUUACACGAUCUACAAAAUGGACGUCUACGUGAAUACUAUGCUGGGACUACCGCGAAGCGUUUCGCAAAGAGAUUUCGACCAAGCUUUCCCGGCAGACCUUUCAGACGAUUGCAUCACCAAGAUGGGGUUGCUACCAGAGAAGCAAGGUGAUGCCUUAUCUUCUGCUGGGAUAGCAAACUUUCAUACGAAGCUUAUCAUGAUACUUGACAACAUUGUCGCUGAGCUUUACCCAGUCAAAAAGACCAAUAAUUUGAUAUCUCACGACGUCGUCACACAGUUAGAGAUCAAACUUCGCCAAUGGCUGCGGAAUUUGCCUCCUGAGCUAACACCAGGAGUCGGUGAUUUACCUCCAAAAUAUGAAAGGGCUAAUCAGUUGUUACACUUGUCAUUCCUUCAAGUGCAAGUAAUUUUAUAUCGUCCUUUCAUCCACUAUCUCUCACCCGCGCUGUCUUCGAAGGGGUCUGAUUCUCUAUCUGUUCAAAGGGCUCGGAACUGCAUUUCGGUUGCCCGCACGGUUGUGAAGUUGGCGAAGAAAAUGAUGGACAAGAAAACGUUGACCGGAGCCUACUGGUUCAGCAUUUACAAUAUUUUUUUCUCUGUUGCAGGUCUUAUCUUCUACUUACAUGAGGUCACGCCCGCUGACGAAGAAGGUGAGCGGGAGUAUGGUGAGGUUCAAGAAGAUGUCCAAGUAGGAAAAAGUGUACUGCUGCAUUUGAAAGAUACAAGCAUGGCAGCGAGGCGCUCUUAUAACUUGUUACAUCUGCUUUUCGAGAAAUUUAAUUCUAAAACCAUCAAAUGGAGUCAUGUAAAGCAAGACGAGUAUAAUGCCACUGCUCCCUCAACUAGCGAUCAGUUUCCAGAUAGCCCAAGUUUAGACUUAAGCAAUCAAUCCAACUCUUAUAAUAUGGACCCCAGCGGGGUGGACCUCUUCUCAUUCGGAAACCUAGGGAACAAUCCUAUGCAGGCUACUUCUACAAUAUCUGGUGUUAAUACAAUGAACACCAUCAAUACAUCUAAUAUGCUCAUGAACAAGGAAUUCCCCGAAUCGAAUGACGCGCUGGAGAUGGAAACUUUUUUCGAUCUGGGUAAUUCAGCUGCAGCUGAUGAGAGUACAGAUAUACCUUCUACCAGUUACAUCCCCAAGGAAGGCUACGAGUUAUCAACCGACCCCAACGCCGCGGAAUCCUACGUCUCGGGUGCGUUUGAUCAACUAGAUGUCCAACUCUUUGGCCGUUAUUUACCACCUUACAUGUCACAGUAA